AUGGAUGAUGGAUUUGCAUUGAGAGAUGAAACAAUUCGUCUUCUAGCAGCAAGAGUGAAGGAGUUGGAACAAGACAAGAUUCAGAGAGAAAGUUGGCCAUUCCAGUUUGGUGAAGCUGAAACCGGAUAUGCUUCCGGAGGGAGAAGAAGAGAUAAGGAUGGUGAUGAAGAGGCUGAGAUGCAUGGUGAUAAGGAGGGUGAUGAAGAGACUGAGAUGCAUGGUGAUAAGGAGGGUGAUGAAGAGACUGAGAUGCAUGGUGAUAAGGAGGGUGAUGAAGAGACUGAGAUGCAUGGUGAUAAGGAGGGUGAUGAAGAGACUGAGAUGCAUGGUGAUAAGGAGGGUGAUGAAGAGACUGAGAUGCAUGGUGAUAAGGAGGGUGAUGAAGAGACUGAGAUGCAUGGUGAUAAGGAGGGUGAUGAAGAGACUGAGAUGCAUGGUGAUAAGGAGGGUGAUGAAGAGACUGAGAUGCAUGGUGAUAAGGAGGGUGAUGAAGAGACUGAGAAGCAUGGUGAUAAGGAGGGUGAUGAAGAGGGCGAGGACAAUGGUGACAAGGAUGGCUGA